UAAAUGAUCCGUUGACUUGAGAAAGUUUAAACUUGAAAUCAGAGCCGGCAACGGAAUCCUCACAGAUGGACUCCCACGAGUCAUCGCCACCGUCUGUCAGCCGAGACUGGUUCUUCCCCUCUCCCUCCCCCUCCUUCACCCAACCCUCCUCCUCCUCCUCCUCCUCUCAUCGUCAUCAUCUUCACACACCUCCUUCCCGAAGGUUCUCUACCUACCCUAAACCUUCUAAUCCCUCUGCUGCCGGCCCGGCCUUGCGUACCACAUCAUCGUCUUCCGCCGCUUCCUCUCAUCGUGAUCUCAAGUAUGCAGGAUUCUCACGCCGUACUAAUUUCUCUCGACGGUACCAAAGAUCUAUCACGCCUGAAGCGGAUGCUCCAUCAGUUGUACCUCAAAUUCCCCAGAAAUGUGAUGUUUCCAACGACAAAACUUCUACUCCGGAUAAGUUCAUUGACUUAGUUGGUGGUCGGUUGAAACUCCGGUGGCAGAUGGCAUUUUUAGUGGCUCUUCUGAUUACCACCUUUUCUUCUUUGCUGCACAAGAAUUUUUCGUUGCAUAAUCAGUCCAAUGAUCUUCAGGCCCAGAUUAUGAAGCUCAAUGGGAGAUUACAACUCUGCAACUUACUAGAACCAAUUGAUAUUGAUGAUCUAGACCCUCAAGACAGCACUAAUCUUCCCAACAAGAGAUUGAAAAGCAUGGCAUUGACUAUCUCAGUUACACUUCUUUCUAUACCUUUUCUGUUUCUCAAGUAUGUGGAGUACAUCUCAAAAUCAAGAUCACCUGACAAUCUAAAGGAAGAGGCAUCUUUAAACAAGCAGCUAGCUUAUAAGGUUGAUGUGUUCUUGUCAGUACGCCCUUAUUCAAAGCCAUUGGCAUUGCUGGUUGCAACUCUUCUACUUAUUGGUGUUGGUGGAUUAGCACUUUUUGGUGUUACUGAUGAUAGCUUGGCAGAUUGCCUUUGGUUAUCAUGGACAUAUGUUGCUGAUUCUGGAAACCAUGCCAACUCUGAGGGACUUGGUCCAAGGUUAGUUUCAGUCUCCAUAAGCUUUGGUGGGAUGCUUAUAUUUGCAAUGAUGCUUGGGCUCGUUACUGAUGCAAUAUCCGAGAAGUUUGACUCUUUGAGAAAAGGAAGAAGUGAAGUUGUUAAGAAAGAUCACACACUAAUUCUUGGUUGGAGUGAUAAAUUAGGAUCAUUAUUGAAUCAACUUGCUAUAGCAAAUGAGAGUUUGGGUGGUGGGAUUGUUGUAGUAAUGGCUGAGAGAGACAAAGAAGAGAUGGAAUCAGACAUUGCCAAGAUGGAAUUUGACUUUAGAGAAACAUCUGUCAUAUGCAGAAGUGGAAGCCCUCUAAUCUUAGCUGACUUAAAGAAGGUAUCUGUGUCCAAAGCACGUGCAAUAAUCGUUCUUGCUGAAGAUGGAAAUGCUGAUCAGAGUGAUGCACGAGCUUUAAGAACAGUGUUAAGCCUAACAGGAGUGAAAGAAGGGCUUCAAGGACACAUAGUGGUGGAGCUUGGAGAUCUUGACAAUGAGGUUCUUGUUAAGCUUGUUGGAGGGGAUCUUGUUGAAACUGUUGUAGCACAUGAUGUAAUUGGUCGUUUAAUGAUUCAAUGUGCUCGCCAGCCUGGCCUUGCUCAGGUGUGGGAAGAUAUUCUUGGAUUUGAAAACUGUGAGUUUUAUAUAAAAAGAUGGCCUGAAUUAGAUGGGAUGCUGUUUGAAGAUGUGUUGAUUAGCUUUCCAAAUGCUAUUCCAUGUGGAAUAAAGUCAGUUUCAUGUGGAGGAAAGAUUAUACUUAAUCCUGAUGAAUCUUAUGUUCUUCAAGAAGGUGAUGAAGUUCUUGUUAUAGCAGAAGAUGAUGAUACAUAUGCUCCAGUAGCAUUACCCAAUGUGAAAGAAGCACCAUUCAUACACAUAACUCGACCAACAAGAAAGCCUCAGAAGAUUCUUCUUUGUGGAUGGAGGAGAGACAUUGAUGAUAUGAUUGUGUGGAGAGGAAAUCUACCUAAAGAAUUCAUUGUUCCAAAUUCCAUGGAAAAGAUACUUCUGUGUGGGUGGAGAAGAGAUAUUGAAGAUAUGAUUAUGGUACUGGAUGCUUUUUUAGCACCAGGUUCAGAGUUAUGGAUGUUUAAUGAAGUUAUUGAAGGUGUGAGGGAACAAAAGCUUAUUGAUGGAGGUUUAGACAUUGAAAGAUUGAUGAAUAUAACACUUGUUCAUCGUGAAGGGAAUGCGGUCAUACGUCGCAACCUGGAAAGCCUUCCUUUAGAAUCUUUUGACUCAAUCUUGAUUCUGGCUGAUGAAUCAGUAGAAGAUUCAGCAAUACAGGCUGAUUCAAGGUCUCUUGCUACACUGCUAUUAAUACGUGAUAUCCAGGCGAAGCGUCUACCCUAUAGAGAAGCCAAGGCUUCUUCUCAUGGUAGAAAAGGUAGUUUUUCACAAGGUUCAUGGAUAGGGGAAAUGCAACAAGCUUCAGAUAAAUCGGUUAUAAUUAGUGAAAUUCUUGAUCCAAGGACUAAAAAUUUAUUAUCAAUGUCAAGGAUUAGUGAUUAUGUUCUAUCAAAUGAGCUUGUUAGUAUGGCAUUAGCAAUGGUUGCUGAAGAUCGCCAAAUAAAUGAUGUCCUUGAAGAGCUUUUUGCUGAAGAGGGGAAUGAGAUGCACAUAAGGCAAGCGGAUCUAUACAUUAAGGAAGGAGAAGAAUUGAGUUUUUAUGAAAUACUUUUGCGUGCGAGACAAAGGAGAGAAAUAGUGAUCGGGUAUCGUUUAGGGAAUGUAGAGAAAGCUGUGAUUAAUCCUCCGGGAAAAAUGGAGAAGAGGAGGUGGUCUCUGAAAGAUGUUUUUGUUGUAAUAGCGGAAAAAGAAUGACAUAAUUUGUUAAUGUACAUAUUCAUAUACAUAGAAGAAAUAUAUA